UGGGCAUGCUUUUAUUAGAUCCACUUUUCCGAAUUUAUUCGGUUUCGUUUACAUUCUGAUGACUUUGUCAUUAAAGAUGGCUUAAAAUAUACAAUGUGGAUGGGGCAUAACUCUAUCAUUUGACAAUACAGUACUGUAUAUAGACACUUUAAUUAAAUAUAAUAAAAAUUAAAAUUUUUUUAAACAAAAGAAUCCGCGUUAUUUACGCGCAUAAAUUUAUAUAUAAAUGAAAUAACAGAACAUUUUUAUUACCUAAAACGAAAGAGAUAUGAUAAAUCAGCGAAUGAAGUAACUAUUAUCGACCAAUAAAACUGAAAUAAAGAUUUAUAUGUUCUGCUUUAAUAAUUAUAUAGGAUGCGAGCUCGACGGUUUACUGCUUUACUGUUUUUGCCACCAUGACAUGUUUUGGCACUUCGUAACGAAUCUAUCGCAUUAAUCAAACAUAUUCUUAAAUUAAUUACGAAAAAAUAAAAAGAUAAUGUAUCUAUCGUAUUGUAGAUUAGAUUUACAUGGACUUUUAAUAUGGAAGAAAUGGAUGGAGUUAGUCCUUUCGGUUCUUUAAGUAUAAAUAAAAUGGACGAGGAAAAAAUUCAACUCGUAUCAAAGCAAAAGAGAUGGCCAUCCUUCAUUCCUGCACGCUAUGUAUUGAUAUUUAUGGGAUUUUUAGGCUUUUGUAAUGUUUAUGCACUUAGAGUUAAUUUAAGUGUUGCUUUAGUAUCUAUGGUAAAUAAUACUGCUACAAAGAAGAAUACGUCAGUCUCAGAUGAAUGUCCAUUGCAAAAUACAACUAGCACAAAUGAAUUACAGGAUGGAGAAUUUUUAUGGGAUAAAACUCUACAAGGUUUUAUAUUAGGAUCAUUUUUCUAUGGAUAUAUUUUAACUCAAUUGCCUGGAGGAAGACUUGCUGAAAUUUUUGGAGGAAAAUGGUUGUUUGGUUUAGGUGUGUUUGGAACUGGUGUUCUUACUUUAUUGACACCUGUAGCUGCAAAUCUGCAUGUAUCAGCUUUAAUAAUUGUAAGAUUUUUAGAAGGUUUAGGUGAAGGUAUAACAUUUCCAGCAAUGCAUUCCUUAUUAGCUAGAUGGAUGCCGAGAACUGAGAGAAGUUUAGCAUCAUCAUUAGUGUAUAGUGGAUGUCAGAUAGGUACAGUUGUUGCAUUGCCAUUAUCUGGAGUUAUGUGUGCUUCAACUUUCCUAGGAGGUUGGCCAUCAGUAUUUUAUGUAUUUGGAGGAUUGACUUGUAUUUGGUUCUUGUUUUGGAUAUUUUUAUGCUUUGAUGUACCAGAAGAACAUCCUCGAAUUUCAAUGGAAGAGUUGAUAUAUAUCCAAACAAAUCAAGGUGAAGAAAAAACUCAUCAGAAGCCAGUUAUACCAUGGCGAGAAAUUUUUAAAUCUGUUCCUGUAUGGGCUCUAAUAGUGACUCAUUUUGGUCAAAAUUGGGGAUUUUAUAUGCUUUUAACAGAAUUACCUACAUAUUUAAAUUCCAUAUUGCAUUAUGAGAUAAAAACGGUAAGAGGAUAAUAAUUAAUAUGUGUAUAUGA